AUGUCUCAAUCCCCAACUUCCAUCCUGGCCUCGCACAAGUUCAGGCUAGGUGACCUGCCACCGGAGCUCAUCCUGCAAAUCGCAGAGUUCGUCCCUGCCCAAGCCCUCUGCAAACUCUGCCAAACAUGCAAACAACUGUACUCUCUCCUCUCCAAAGCCGCAACGGGAAAGACCCGCGCGGUGGCUCAAGCACUAGCCCCAAAGGAAGAGUACGAGCAAAUGGGCUUCUACUGGAACGACCCUAACAAGAUCGGAAAGGAGGUACCCGAUGACUACGAUUCGACCCUGUUCGAGGGGAGGGUAGGCAUAUUGCCAGAUCUCGAGGUACUACCUUAUGCCGUAGUAAAAGGCGAUUUGAAAACCGUGCGAUACCUCCUGGAUGCAGGCGCCGAUGCGAACUCAUUCUCCGUGGACGGUAGAUACCUGCUAUAUCUAGCGCUUAAGGCGAAGAGUCCUGCGAUGGUAACCUUGCUUUUGACAUACGAUGCCGAACCUGAUGCUCUCAACAUCUACGACGAGGAUGCAAUCUGGAAAUUGGCGCUGCAUACACAGGAAGCGGCGCUGAUUACUCCGUUCCUGAUCUACGAUAUCGAUGACUUUGCCAAUUUGGUUACUAUGCUUUGUACGGGGGAGGUUGUGCAGGCUUGUAUUGAUGCAGGCAUGGAUCUCAAUGAAGUAUCUUUUGCGCAAGAGACCGUGGCGCAUUCCCUGGGCCGGAGAAAUUGCAAGGAGAUGUUUGCUUUGGUGGCGCCUCAUCUCACAAGCGAGACUUGGAAGAUGAGUACAGUGAUGGGUUUCACACCGCUGCAUCUCAAUAUGUUAUAUGAUGAGACGCCGAUGCUCCUGAUGGAUUUCAUCGACGCAGGGGUUGAUGUAAAUGCCGUUGACGAGAGUUCGUGUACAGCGCUCGCCUAUGCUAUUGAGAACGGUCAUACUGAUACUGCACGCUGCAUCUUUGAGAUGAAUCAGGAUCGGCCUUUGCAUGAAUACACUGGUGGUGUGGAACUGGUCAAGGCAGUCAAGGCUGGGGAUGUUGAUAUGAUUCGGCUGCUUAUGUCCCUUGGAAUGCGCGCGGACCACAAGGUAAAAUAUAGAGACUCGGCUCUUGUGUGUGCGGCACGAGGAAGCUUGGAGAUCUUCAAGUUGGUCUACGAGGAAGGACCGGGGGUGCGUCCUUCCCUGAAUGGCACCCGUGGGAGACUUGAUUCGCCUUCACCGUACGCGACAGCUCUUCUCCAUGGAGAAGACACAGUCGUGAGAUAUAUUGAGACUAUCAUCGACGGCGAGCACGGCGACCCUUAUGUGCCGUGGACACCGGAGAACGAAUCCCACGUUGCGCUAGUACGCAAUGUGGUAGGAGCCGCGGCAUGUCUGUAUAUUUGGAGCCCGCAACCGACGGAGAAUCACUGCCAGAAAUCCAAGCUGCAGGAGAUUGCAGCGCGUGUUUUGCUUCUGGCAGGGGGCAACCUUGAUUCCGAGAAGACCCGUGACAUUAUACGGGCCAUGGGGACUCUGCUUCCAUUUCCGGAUAGUCUGAUUGAUAUAGAAAGUCGAAUUAACCGGGCCAUAAAAGAUUCCUUCCCAUCGACACUCAGCACUGACGAGAUAAACCACGAACGCGCGUACGCCAUCGCAAGGUUUGCUAACAUGGCUGAUGACCAAACGAUUGAUCAGCUCGUAUGUGCCAUACAAGGUCUUUCGGUAGAAGGUGAUACCGAUCGAACAGACGAUAUAAUUCAGGUUAUUUCGCGUCAUUCUUCACUCAUCCCGAGCGAGGCCAAUCCGGGCAGAGUGCAUAAGUUCCUUCAGGUCAUAGAGCCUCUUCUUCGCUUGGCAGAAGAAGAAGCCGAAGCUCAUUCUCGGGCCCUUCGCCAUCCCAAGGAAGCGAGUGACCCUGAUAAGACAUUCCUGCUAGGGAGGGCCUUUUCACGUUACUUGUACGUUGUCAGGAAAGACCAUAGUUCCGAAUUGAUGCGAUUAUCUGAGAAGUCCGUGAUGGGCAUUUUUGAGCAUCACACUAAAACGGUGAGAGAUCGCCCCGAGAAAUAUUCUUCUGAUCGACUACGAAGGCUUGAGUGGCUUUUGAUCAGGUUCAAGUACCUUGCAGGGCAAGAUGACUGCGCCGAUGAGAAAGCCGAAAUGGCUCGGGUCUUCAUGCGUCUUAUUCGAUGCUAG